AUUGGUCUUCCCAGGGAAUGGCUGUGUGGAUUGGGGGGGUUCGUAUUUGGACAGCCACAUUAUCAAUCUGGAGAAAGGAGAGUGUUUGGAAGUACCAGAAGCAGGGGCGGACUGACAACUCAUGGGGCCCCCGAGCAAUAGGGGAUCAUGGGGCCCCUGUGUCCUUGCCCAAACUCAAAAAAAGCCUAUAUAAAAGGUACCAGGGGCAUCUCAUGGCGCCCCCUAGUGAUCCUGAGUUUCCAAAUGGUCAGUCCGCGCCUGACCAGAAG